AUGGAACUCUUUUCGUUCGUUGACGAUAUUAGACGUAUGAAUAAACGACAGGCUAUAUACCAAGUACUCAAUUUUGGAAUGAUUGUUUCCACCGCUUUGAUGAUAUGGAAAGGACUUAUGGUUGUAACAGGUAGUGAAAGUCCAAUUGUCGUUGUACUAAGUGGUAGUAUGGAGCCUGCGUUUCAUCGCGGUGAUCUUCUUUUACUUACAAAUUAUCAUGAAGAACCUAUCCGCGCUGGCGAUAUUGUUGUUUUCCGAAUUGAAGGCCGAGACAUUCCAAUUGUUCAUCGAGUUCUAAAAGUCCACGAAAAAGAUGACGGUUACGUAAAAUUCUUAACUAAAGGUGACAAUAAUCAAGUCGACGAUCGCGGUCUUUAUUCUCCAGGACAAUUAUGGCUCGAAAAGAAGGAUGUGAUUGGUCGUGCUCGAGGAUUUCUUCCAUAUAUUGGCAUGGUGACGAUUGUAAUGAACGACUUUCCGCAAUUGAAAUAUUUCGUCUUAGCUGUUCUUGGCUUCUUCGUUUUAGUGAAUCGUGAAAACUAA